AUGACCUCUGAAGCCAAACCGAACCACACAAUUUAUGUCAAUAACCUCAAUGAAAAAAUCAAGAAAGAUGAGCUGAAGAAAUCUCUUUUUGCCAUUUUCUCUCAGUUUGGAGAAAUUUUGGACAUAAUUGCAAGGAAAACGCUGAAGACUAAGGGCCAGGCAUUUGUGAUCUUUAAGGACAUCAACAGCUCAACGAAUGCACUGAGGUCCAUGCAAGGCUUUCCAUUCUAUGACAAGCCCAUGAGGAUUCAAUUCUCAAAGAAGGACUCUGACAUCAUAGCAAAGAUGAAAGGUACAUUCAUCGAGAGGCCGAAGAGGUUGUACAUCAGUGAGAAUGAUGGGAAGAAGAAAAGGAAGGGGGCCAAACAAUCAGUAACAGAAAAGUUAGGCAAGCAGAAGGCUCAAUCUUCGAAACCUCUGCAACCAGUAGCCCAACAGCAGCCACCAGCUGUGACGAAUCCAGCCUUGAUACCCGACCAACCACCUCACUAUAUCCUCUUCCUUACUGGUCUCCCUGAGGAAACCAACAACAUCAUGUUACAGAUGCUCUUCCAAAAUUUCCCAGGCUUUAAAGAAGUUAGAUUGGUUCCAGGUCGACACGAUAUUGCCUUCGUUGAGUUCGAGAAUGAAUACCAGGCUGGUGUGGCCAAGGAAUCGCUGCAAGGCUUCAACCUCACUCCUACCAGCAAGAUGAAAAUUACAUUCGCUAAAAAAUAAUUCUUUCUUACAUUAUAAGUACUGUUAUUUGUUUUCUCUGUUUGAUUACUGUGGUUUCAAUUUACCAUUAGUUGUAGCUAAUGAUUAUCAUUAUAUUUAAACAUUCAAAUGUCUUGAUGUUUGAUGCCUAUUUCAAACAUCGAUACCAAUGAUAUUUAUUUGUGAAAAAAUUAAAAAAAUGUGUAGAUUU